AUGGGUGUUGGAGGGAACUUCUGGGAUUUGCUCAAGCCCUAUGCCCGACACGAAGGCUUUGAUUUCUUGAGGAACAAACGGGUGGCCGUGGACCUGUCGUACUGGAUUGUCCAGCAUGAAACUGCUAUUAAAGGAUACGCCUGGAAACCUCACCUUAGGCUUACCUUCUUCCGUACCAUCAACCUUUUUUCUAAGUUUGGGGCCUACCCGGUCUUUGUAGUUGAUGGGACGCCAUCGCCAUUAAAGUCUAAGGCGAGGGCUGUGCGAUUUUCCAGAGCAUCGGGUCUUGAUUUGUCAAGUUUUCCAGUGGUGGAGGAGGGUGUAUCAGUCAAAAGGAACUCGAGAUUUGUGAAAUAUGUUGAAGAAUGUGUGGAAUUGCUUGAACUCCUUGGAAUGCCUGUUUUAAAAGCAAAUGCUGAAGCUGAAGCCCUCUGUGCACAAUUAAAUAGAGAAGGAGUUGUUGAUGCUUGUAUUACAGCUGACAGCGAUGCAUUUCUUUACGGGGCCCAAUGUAUAAUCAAGCGACUCCAGAUCAACUCAAAAGAACCAUUUGAAUGCUAUCAUAUAUCUGAUAUUGAGGCUGGUCUUGGACUUACGAGAAAUCAUUUGAUAGCUAUUUCUCUGUUGGUUGGAAGCGAUCAUGAUUUAAGUGGUGUUGCGGGCAUUGGGAUUGAUACAGCUCUUCGUUUUGUCAAAUGUUUCAGCGAAGAUGAAAUAUUGAAUAGGUUACAUGAAAUAGGCAGAGGAGGUGCACUGGUGAUCCAGGGAAGUAUUGCAUCUGAAGUUUUACGCAGUUCUGAUGAGAAUUCACCAAAGACAAAAUCUUCUCAUUGUUCCCACUGUGGGCAUCCAGGCAGCAAGACAUCUCAUCUUAAGUUUUCUUGUGAAUAUUGUGGUUCAACUACUGGCCACAGUUGCAAGCAGAAAUUCGUUGGAUUCAAAUGUGAUUGCUCUUCAUGUGAUUUGGACAAGAAAGAAAAAGAACGGAAGAAAAAGGAAAAUUGGCAAAUAAAUGUUUGUAGAAAGAUUGCGUUGGAGAAAAAUUUUCCGAACGAUGAAAUUAUCCAGAUGUACCUGAGCAACCACCAUGGAACUGAUGAUGAUCCAUGUAUAGGGUGGGCAAGUCCAAAGACUGAAAUGCUGGUUGAUUAUCUCACUUAUCAGCAGCAUUGGGAGCCAUCUUAUAUUCGGCAAAGAAUGCUUCCCAUGUUAUCAACUAUCUAUUUGCGAGAUAUGGCCUCAAGUCCAACAAAUGACUUGUUAUAUGGACACUACGAGUUUCAUAGUGUUCAGCGUGUGAAAAUAAGACUUGGGCUUCCGUUCUACGUUGUUAGGUGGAAGAAAGCUGUUAACGCCUUGAGUGAUGCCAUGUCUGCAAUUCCCGAAGAGCUUGAUAUACUGCAGGGAUCUGAAGAACCUGAUGAAUCUAAUGAUUUGCUAGAAGAACCUGAUGUACCCGUUGUUUGCAUCAAUGAUGGGUGCUGUUUUCUGUCGACAGAUGAAGAUAUGGAGCUUGUCCGAAAUGCUUUUCCAGAAAAGGUCGAGCAAUUCUUAAAAGAAAAGGAACUGAAAGAAAGGAAAUCAAGAAAGACGAAAUCCAGCUUGCGGUCUGAAGGGACACCCAAAAACUCAGAAUCAUCCACAUCUCAAAGUAUGCAGCUCAGCAUUACUGAAUUUUAUCGUUCCUCAAAAGUCCUUUGCCAAAACAAGGUGGAGGAAAUUGCAGAGGAUGAUCUUGGCUCCGCUGAAGGAAAAAGGAAAGAGCCAAGUACAAGAUUAUCCAAGUCCGUAAGGCGUAGGCUUUUAUUUGACUAG